AUGGCAAAUCCCGAAUUUAUUUAUUGCACUAUCUGUGGCAUGAGUUUUGAGGACGACUCAUGCGUCGUCUAUUCUGGUCCUCACUGGCCAGAAGCCGAUUUUCAUUCUCGGAAAGUCUCGGACCAAGAGCUUACCCGCUACGAAGCCGAGGCUGAAAGUCAAUACGGUAAAGCAGCACUUCCUACUGGCCAAGUUAUCUAUCCUCCAGAGGCUUAUGACGAACAUGGGCAUGAUGAAGAUGUUCCGGACGGUGUCGCUCCAGCAAAGAUGUACAUUGCUAUCCAUCCAGCUUGCGAAGAUAUGGCCAAACGUGUCAUGAAGACUUCAUCCAAUACCAAGAUCCGUACAAUUGGUGAUCUUUGGUUGGGUUUGGAACGUCGUUGUGCUGGUUAUCUCAACUGGGCCUGGCAACAGGAAACUCAAGGACGUGACAUCAGAUUUAUUCCUUUCAUUCCCUACAACUCGAUUGAUGAGCCUGGCUUGGCUGGCUAUUAUGUCCCAUUCCAUUGCCUUAUACAUUGGGGCGACGAGUGGGAAGGAUGGUGGGAUGAGAAUCCUGUCGACAUUCCCAACUUGACCACGGACUUGAUGUCAAACCUCGAGAGAGUUGAACCUACCCCCGCCCCAAAGCUUAAAGAACUAUUGGAACUUUCGCCAAACGAGAUCAAGAACCACAUACACACCUUUGUGCAGGACGGAGAAUUCUCGCUUGAUUGCAACUAUCUCAUGCCUCAGUCCAUGUGGGCGGAAGUAUUCUUCCACAUUCCCUUCCUCUGGGAUCUUGACAUCGAUACCGUGUAUAAAAAGACAGGGUCCGGCAAGGACGAUCUGGAGAAGUGGAACUGGGAGAAACUCACAAGGCAGGUCAUGAGCCGCGCGGAGAUAUCGCAUGACGUGAGGCCCUGGGUUGACGAUGAGGAGGCGUGGGAUUAUUCGAAUGUUAGACUCAAUGUUCCCGGUGGUUUCACCAAUCGGCGGAGGAUCUGGCAAAUACUAGAGGAACUACAUCCAGAUGUUGCGCUGUGGAGGCAUCAGGAUUGUGAGUGGUAG